AUGGGAAGGGUGGGGAAGGAGAGGGAGUGGGAAAAACCUGAAGAAAAGGACCUGAAGGAAAGUAGUACUAGUCGCUGCAGGACUGUUCUAUAUGAGCCAGGGCAAAAUUUUGACCAGCUUGAUAGCAGUGGCAUGUUUCACUGGUGCAAAGCAACCCCUUUGGAAAAGGUGAUUCUGAAACGAAGUGACAAGCCAAAACACAAGUUUCAAAACCACAUUAUAGCAUGUGUAUUUGGAGAUGCCCAAUCAGCCCUCAUGGGCCUUCGGAACUUUGUGAUGCCCUUGAGAGCUAGCAAUUAUACCCGGCAGGAGCUGAAGGACAUUGUGUUCAUUGGGUCUCUGGAUUAUCUGAAGAGAGAAUGGAGAUUCCUUCGGAAUUUUCCCCGGAUAUACAUUCUGUCUGGCUCUGCACUAUAUUCUACAGACUUACUUGUGGCCAACAUAGAGCAAUGUUCCAUGUGUGCUGUCUUUUCCCGCCCAUAUCAUCCCUCAAGCAGCCAGAUUCUGGUGGACACAGAGACUAUUAUGGCCACCCUCAACAUCGGAGCCCUGCGGGUUAGCUCCUCUGUCUCAUCAUCUUCAGUGCCAAAUGAACUUCAUGAGAAUCCAAAAACUCGAAGAGUUCCCAUCCUCACUGAAUUGAAAAAUCCUUCCAACAUUCACUUUAUUGAACAACUUGGUGGACUGGAAGGGUCACUCCGAGGGACAAACCUGCAUCUCAGCACUGCCUUUUCCACUGGCACUGUCUUUUCUGGCAACUUCUUAGAUUCCCUCCUGGCCACGGCUUUCUACAAUUAUCAUGUCUUGGAAUUACUUCAGAUGCUGGUGACAGGAGGGAUAAGUUCUCAGCUAGAACAACAUCUGGAUAAGGGCAAGUUCUCUGAUAUAACCGACACCAACAGCAGCAUAACGUUCUUGUCUGGAAGAACCCGGUGUAAGCUGGGACUUCUGUCCUUAAACGAAACCAUUUUGUCAGACAUUCAACCAAGAGACACCUUUGGACAACUGUUCUGUGGCUCAUUAAAUAUUCUUGGAAUCCUGUGUGUUGGCUUAUAUCGCCUGAUAGAUGAAGAGGAGCUAGAAAGCAACCCAGAACACAGAAGGUUUGUGAUUACCCGGCCAGCCAAUGAGUUCAAGCUGCUGUCCUCGGAUCUCGUGUUCUGUGCCAUCCCUUUCAGCACUGAUUGUUAUAAAAGGAAUAAUAUUGCUUCAUCUGAAAAUCCAUAUGAGAUGGCAAAUAUAGUGUCACUGACAUCAGAGACACAUGCAGACAUAAAUUGUCUUCCCCCAGUUGACUCAAUUAGCAAGACUAUAACACAAUGGUUGCAUUCAUCAGACCGUUAUAUGAAGCCAAGAACUAGCUGCCAAUCUGAAUAUGAGCAAAAAACAUUGGACCAGAGUGGUACAAGAAAUAUUGAAUCAUCCUGGAUACUUCAAGGUAACAACAUGAAAGAAAAUGGAAAGGAAAAUGUGAACAAAAAUGAAGAGGAAACCUCAGAGGAGGAGGAUGAUUACUCUUCAUAUUCACAACCAAGUUCAAAGCAUCUCCAGGGAUGGUAA